AUGAGUUCAGAGAACUUCACCUGGUCCAGAGUUGUGCCUGCGGAAUUCAUCCUCCUGGGCAUCACAGAUCGCUGGGACCUACGUGUGACCCUCUUCCUAGUAUUCCUGCCCAUCUACCUUGUCAGCCUGCUGGGAAAUGUGGGCAUGAUGCUCCUCAUCCGUGUGGACACCAGGCUCCACACGCCCAUGUACUUCUUCCUGGCCAACCUCUCCCUGCUGGAUGCCUUCUAUUCCUCUGCCAUUGGCCCCAAGAUGCUAGUUGACCUCCUACUGUCCCGUGCCACCAUCCCUUAUGUAGCCUGUGCCCUCCAGAUGUUUGUCUUUGCAGGGUUGGCUGAUGCCGAGUGUUGCCUGCUAGCAGUCAUGGCCUAUGAUCGCUACGUGGCCAUCGGGAGCCCUCUCCUCUAUACCACGGUUAUGUCACCCCGUCUCCGCCUGGCCUUACUAGGGGUAUCAGGCCUGGGUGGAGUGGUGAGUGCCUUUGUACAUACAACCUUCACCUUCAGCCUGAGUUUCUGUGGCUCGCUGGAGGUCAACAGCUUCUUCUGCGAUAUUCCUCCCCUGCUGGCCAUCUCCUGCAAUGACACCAGUCUCAACGAACUCCUCCUUUUUGCCGUCUGUGGCUUUAUCCAGACAACCACAGUGUUGGCUAUUGCCGUGUCCUACGGCUUCAUCGCUGGGGCAGUGAUCCGCAUGCAGUCAGCUGACGGCCGGCGCCGGGCAGCUUCCACUUGCGGCUCUCACCUCACAGCGGUGGCCAUACUGUAUGGGACCCUCAUUUUCAUGUACCUGCGUCCCAGCUCCAGCUACGCCCUGGAUACUGACAAGAUGGCAUCUGUGUUCUACACUCUCGUCAUUCCAGCUCUCAAUCCGCUCAUCUACAGCCUUAGAAACAAGGAAGUGAAGGAAGCCUUCCGGCGCACCUGGCACCGAUUCUGCUUCCCGGGGCGGGGCACCAGGGAUUGGCCACAGGAAGCCGGUUAA